GUUGGUCAUGAUAUGAUAUGAUGGUCAUGUCAUGAUGAAGUACUUUGAAACGACACUGGCUGCCAGUGAUAUAACGGAUAUAACAACUGUAGCUUGCAAUAUGAGAAGCGUUCUUCAUUUUUUGACAGUCGAAUACAGAGAUCGUUUAUAAAUAUCAAAGUUUGAAUAUGAUGUUGGGGAUUAGUGUAUUUUACGUCUUAGUGUUUUAGAUUGAAGUGAAGAUUGUGUUCUGUGACGUGAAACAUAGCGUGAACUUUAUAAAGAAUUUACAAAUACAAGUCCUUUGAGUUACCGCUAAUUGUUUUAUAAUAUAUGAUGCAUAGUAUAAGUUGAGGUUAAAGAUGGCAAAAAUUGGACUGUUGGUAUUAACAAAGCCGACGAAGCUUGCCAGAAUUUUGCCCGUAAUUAAGCAGCAUGUUAAUAAAACCUUGUAUGUUCAAUUAUACCCUGGAAGACAACGUUUAAUAAAUUCAACCCCUAGUGGUGAAAAUGCUCUGAAUGGGCCCCAUCAUGGCUCUGCUGUGAUUGGUAUUUAUUCUCAAGCGACUGCAAUUUGUCAAAAUCUGGAUAUCCGUGUUUUAUUAGCAGGACUCAAAGAUCCAUUUCUUUCAAAAAUCCACACAAGAAAGCAAAUAGAAGUUGUAAUUUUUGAUAGAAUUUUUAAUAAAGAUGAAGUAGAUUAUUUUUUAAACUCAUGUCUUUUAAAUGCCACUCAGAAAUGUCAGAUUGUUACACUGAAUGGUACAGAAGAUUCAGUAUCUGAUAAUCUAGAUAUCUUGCACCCUUCUCAUGGGAGCAGUGUAGUUUGCAGAAUGGCUGAAUCACUGAGCAUUGACAGAAUGUUAACCAAUAAAGACUGUAAAAUGCACAAGAAUGUGGUUCUUGGAGGGACAUUUGACCGACUGCAUGCUGGACAUAAGAUUCUGUUGAGUGAAGCGGUUCUGCAUUGUACAAGAAAGCUUACUGUGGGAAUUACUGAUACUUCAAUGCUGAAGUGUAAGACACACAACUGUUACUGGGCUAAAUUGUUGUGGGAGAUGAUUGAACCUUGUGCUGUUCGAAUGUGUUCAGUAGAAGAUUUUCUUCAAGAUGUAGAUCCUGGCUUGCAAUACGACAUUGUACCAAUUUAUGACCCAUUUGGACCUACGAAAGAAGAUCCAGACAUGCAGCUGAUAGUGGUGAGCACAGAAACAUACAAAGGAGGACUGAAAGUGAAUGAACUUCGCCAUGAAAACAACCUUCCAGCUUUAGACAUCCACACAGUGAAUUUACUAGAGGCAAUUCCAGAACACACAGAUGAGGAAGAGGAAGAGAAGAUAAGCUCAAGUAAUCGUAGGAUGAGAUUGCUGGGGACAAGGCUCAGAGUACCAGAGGCAAGGACUCUACUGCCAAGGAAGCCUUACAUUAUUGGUUUGACUGGUAAUAUUGCAAGUGGAAAGUCCUCAGUAGGACAACGGUUGGAAAACCUUGGGGCAGGAUUGCUGAAUUGUGAUACACUUGCUCACAGUGUGUAUAUGAGGGGGCAGCCUUGUUAUGAUGCAGUUGUGCAGCAUUUUGGAAAGGAAAUAUUGGGUGAUGAUGGAGAGAUCAACAGGAAGGCUCUAGGAACAGUUGUGUUCAACAGUAAGGAGCAGUUAGAAAAAUUAAAUGCUAUGGUUUGGCCGGUAUUACUGAAUCGUGCAAAGGAGAAGAUCCAGGUCCUUUUUGAGGCAGGUUAUCAGAUUGUUGUGAUGGAAGCAGCUAUCUUGCUUCAAGCUGGCUGGGACCAACAUGUCCACGAGGUCUGGGCGUGCAUCAUUCCACCUGAAGAGGCUGUGAAAAGACUCCAAGAACGCAAUCAUUUGACUGAAAGUGACGCACGAGCACGAAUAGCCACGCUGCCCAGCAACACAGAAUUAGUAGCAAAAGCUCAUGUUGUGGUGUCCACGUACUGGAGCACUACAUACACUCAGAAACAAGUGGAAAAGGCAUGGAGAGCAUUGCAGUUCUACCUGACCGACAGUUCCAAGUUAUGAAACUUCAAAGAAGAUUAUAUUGUGCCAUUUUUGUUGCUGUGAUAUCAGAAGAGAGUGUUUUUCUUUCAAUUUCUUAUGCACAUUUGUUACAUAGUCAUUAUAUAUUCUCCCAUUUUAUAGCCUGGCUGACAGUUUUCAUUCAGUUAAUCCUGAAUGUGCUAAUUGAGUUUCUUGUGUCUGUGAAGGUUACUCUCUUCUGGUAUGUGAUGCCAUAUAGCCCUGGUAUAGAGAUAACCAAUGUUUCAGAGGAACUUGCUACCUCUAACUUCAGCCUAGCUUCUUCCUAUCCACAAAUGGAGCUGUCUCCAUAGCCACAGGAUCCCAUUACAUUUAUGUAGCUGCCAUUGGUGGUUCCCUACAUUACUGAGCUUAAUUUCUGCUUGGUUUACUCUUUGGGCAUGAAGAUGGAGGCAGCAGGUUCUUGUGAAGCAUUGGUACCUGUCUAGUAAAAUAUAUGAUGUCACAACCCCAGAAGACAGUGAUCUUUGUAGCCUGGGAUGGAAAUGGUGAUGCUUUCUACCACAAUAACUUCGCAUUCCAUAUAUAU